AUGAAGCCAGAAGAAUUAUCUGACUUCGCUCAUGACAUCCGCCACUUCUCCCCGAAAGACAUCGACCGCUUGCACCGAGUUCUUCUCCGCAUCCAGGAAAACCACAUCGACCCAACUCCAGAGCUUGUCAGACACGAGUACAGAGCUAUCUAUCUAGAGGACGGGCCAGUUCCCAAUACUGAAGAUCCUUGUCUACACUGGCUGCUCGACCUCGCUCAAGUCGCGUCCGAAACACCACUCAACGAGAAAUUCCUCGAUGUGUUGCAAGAGGCCCAUAUCAUUCUUACAACAGAUGGCACUGCUACCGAUGCAGGCACUGACUAUGGGGCCAGCAGACGCGCGGUGUCGGUUGACUCGCAGCUGCCUACCCCAAUCAGGUCGGGGUCACUGGACUCGUUCGACGAAAACAGCCGUAUCUGGCAACAGGCCAUUGCGCUCGACAACCGAAAGCUGGCAUCACAAGCCCUUGAUCAAUGGCGGAACAAACUUUUUGUGAGAAGAGAGGACUUGUUGGACAGGGAGGAUCCUGAAUUGAACAAAUUGGCGGAUGAACUUUACCGUACAAACCUAGCACGGAAAGCAAUCACUCACUGGCGCAAUACAAUCAAAGAGAUGCAAGACUUGGAACGGGUUGCAAUUGAAUUCCGAGCCAAGCGCGAUGCUGCUUUAGUUUUGAAGACCUGGACACUUGCUGCGCGUGAGAGAUUGUUUGUCCGGGUAAGAGACGAACGCCUUCUACACAAGACAUUGGGCGCAUGGCAAGACAAAGCUGCGGAUGUCAGGGAGAUGGAAGCUGCUGCUGAUGCAAUCAGCAUUCGCCAGGCUGCCCAAAAUGUCCUUGAACUAGUCAGCACUAGAAAAGCCCAACUUGCCGAAAGAGAACACGAAGCCAGCCGAAUCUACGGGGUCAAUCUUGUUCGCAACAUCGUCAAUAUAUGGCGCUUACAGGCUGACCAGCAACAUCUGAAUAAGAGGAGAGCGGCUGCAGCUGCUGAAUAUUUCUCCAGCAAGCACACCCUUCAGCUAUGGCGGGACAAAACUCGACUUCGAGCAGAUGAAAAGCAUGCUCAACAAGCUCAUGAACAAAUGCUGGCGGUGAAGUAUUUCCGAAAGUGGCAGACUUCUGUGAAGCACAGUAAAGAAGCCAAAUAUACAGCAGCAUACAAAUCCAUGAGACGGAAAGUCAAGAUCAAUAUCGGACGCGCCGCUCUCCAUAAUUGGAGAGGAAAGGCAAGUCGCGUCCGUGAGUUGAGAAUCAUGUCAGAUGAAUUUCAAGCUCGAAAAGAAGCCGAAAACACUAGACGAAUGGCCCAUUCUGCUAUCAUCGUGAUGUUCAACAGGACGGAGCAGAUUCAUGACCUUGGACGGCAGGGGGACGUUUUCUGUGACAAACAGGUAAUUGGACGGCUUCAAAUUUUCGGCUCUGGUUGGCUCUCGUCUGCAAGGAAGGUACUCGAUUCCCAGCGCAAGGCUGAUGAGUAUCACACAAUAAAAACAGCCGGGUAUGCUCUGUCUCGAUUGAGGACUUGGAGAAACCUGAGCUUCAGGACAGGCAGACUUGAAGACGAUGCUGACGGGUUGUUUCGGCGAAAUGAGAAGAAACGGGCUCUAGGAUUUCUGCAAAGAUGGAGACAGGGCGCCACGAGGGUCCACGACGAACAGCCCAGUGUAGAGGAGAGACUCCCACCAGUGACCCCAGCGGCGAGGCGAAGCCAGCUGUUAGCCUCUACAACUCCUGCAUAUACACCUGCUUCAGCCAUGUUC